AUGUCACAAAGAGUAGUUAUUACAGGAAUGGGCCUCGUUACACCUCUUGGGGUUGGGGUCAAACAUGUAUGGUCGAAAUUGAUAAGUGCCAAAUCAGGAUUGGUGAGUACUUCCACAUUGCCAAAAUCGGAAGAGUACGAGAGCAUUCCAGCCAAGGUUGUUGGGGCUGUUCCACACGGGCCAAUCAGCGAAGGGAAAUUCGACGCCAAAGAGCAUUUUAGUCCUCGAGAACUAAGAAGAAUACCACCCUUUAUACAGUAUGCCAUAGUAGCUGCAAGGGAAGCUUUACAUGACGCCAAUUGGGAGCCGAAAACAGAGAAUGAGCAACUACGGACCGGUACAAGCAUUGGAUCUGGAAUUGGCUCAUUUCAGGAUACGUACGAGAAUUCCGUGGCGUUUCACGAGAGAGGAUAUCAUAGGACAAAGCCAUUAAUGGUGCCUAGAAUACUUACAAACAUGGCUGCUGGAAAUGUGUCCAUAUACUUUAAUCUCAAGGGACCAAACCAUGCCGUUUCGACGGCUUGUGCCACUGGAGCCCACAGCAUUGGCGAUGCUGCACUUAUGAUAAAGGAAGGAUAUGCAGAUGCGAUGGUUGCUGGAGCAACCGAGGCUUCAGUGCAUCCUCUUGCAUUGGCAGGUUUUGCACGAGCCAAAUCGGUUGCUAGUGGAUUUGCCGACAAUCCAGAGGCUGCAUCCAGACCAUUCGACAAGGACAGAAAGGGAUUUAUUCUUGGGGAAGGUGCAGGAGUAGUGCUUCUAGAAUCAUUAGAACAUGCACUAGAAAGAGGGGCGGAAGGCAACAUAUAUGGAGAAGUCUGCGGUUACGGAAUGAGUGGAGAUGCAACCCAUAUAACUUCUCCACCUGCAAAUGGCGAUGGUGCAUUUCGAGCAAUGCAGUGUGCCAUUAAAAGGGCUGGCAUUUCACAAAGAGAUAUUGGAUAUAUCAAUGCACAUGCAACAUCUACUGUUCUGGGUGACAGGGCUGAGAAUUACGCUUUGAAAAGACUCUUCGAGAACGAGAGGCCGGAUCUUGCUGUCAGCUCUACAAAAGGUGCAAUUGGUCAUCUUCUCGGUGCCUCCGGUGCGGUUGAAGCAAUUUUCACUAUGCUUGCCUUAAAGAACCAAAUACUUCCUCCUACAUUAAACUGUGACAAUCCGGGACAACAGGAUGAGGACAACGAGGAUGAUUUUAUCUUCAACUACGUCCCGAAUAAAUCUCAGCGUGUUUCGGAUCUACAUGAAAUAAACUAUGCUUUGACAAAUAGCUUUGGUUUCGGAGGCACAAAUGCCUCAUUAUGCCUCUCACGAUGGAAAUCAAGCUAG